AUGUUAUUGCCACUAGAUAUUAAUGCAAUUUUUGAUAUUGAAGAAGAAGAUAUGAUUAUUAGUGAUGGCAGCGACUAUGAGCUUAACAAUGUGCUUGAUAGUAUUCUAGACAUAACAGAUGGCAUUGGUCAGACAUCAAAAACCUUAAAAAAGAAGAGCUUAGUUAUUAUAGAAAUGAUCAUCGGGUACAUGAAGGUGGUUCAAGAAAAAAAAACCAAUGGUCAGAGAAAUGGUAUUGCCAUCAGUAUGGGACAUAUGAGAGCACUGCUGAAAAGGAUGUCACAAAAAAACCACAGCUUGUACAAAAAGAAUCAAAAAAAUGUGGAUGUAAAAGCUACAUCCAUGUUGCGCUUUCCGUCAACUCAACAACAGUAG